CCAUCUUUAAGCUCCGCUCCUUCGGGCUGCACCACACCAACAUCAAACCAACCCUCUGGUUCCUCCUGCAUGACGCACGGAGCUCCUGCUCAGAGCCAGACACCCAGCUCCUGCUCCUCCUGCUGCUCCUCCUGCUGCACCUCCUGCUUCUCCUGAAUCAAACCAGAGCAACAUGCAGGAUGGCGAGUGUGGAGACAGCCGCGGAACACGAGCGAAUCCUGCGGGAGAUCGAGAGCACAGACACGAACUGUAUCGGCCCGACACUCCGGUCGGUGUACGAUGGUCAGGAACAUGGCCUGUUCAUGGACAAGCUGGACGCGCGGAUCAGGAACCACGACAGGGAGAUCGAGAAGAUGUGUAACCAUCACUUCCAGGGGUUCGUCGACUCCAUCACAGAGCUGCUCAAAGUGCGAGGCGAGGCGCAGAAACUGAAGAGUCAGGUGAUCGAGACCAACAAGAGUCUUCAGGAUGACGGCAAAGACCUCAUGAACUCUAUGGAGGAGCUGAAACAGUGUCGAGUGCAGCAGAGAAACAUUGCGACAACUAUAGACAAACUUUCGCACUGCUUACCAGUCCUGGAGAUGUACAGCAAACUUCAGGAGCAAAUGAGGGCGAAAAGGUACUACCCUGCGUUGCGGACACUGGAGCAGCUGGAGCACACGUGUCUUCCCAGGGCGGGUCAGUACCGCUUCUGCUCCAUCAUGGCAGAAAACAUCCCCAAACUGAGGACGCAGAUCCGAGACACGGCCAUGACCCAGCUGAGAGACUUCUUGGAGAGUAUUCGGAAACACUCGGACAAGAUCGGAGAGACGGCCAUCAAACAGGCUCAGCUGCAGCACUCGUUGGACAGCUCCGUCUCCACGCAGCAGAGGGCUCUGAUUGGUCGACGCCCCAGGAAAGAAGUGCUGGCGGCGCAGCAGCGGAGCGACGGACAAGGUGACAGUCCCGUGUCCGAACAAGACUCGGGCAUUCUGGAUGUGGAGGACGAAGAGGAAGAAGAUGAAGAAGUUCCAGGAGCUCAUGAUUUGGUGGAUUUCUCACCAGUUUACCGCUGUCUGCAUAUCUACACUGUGCUGGGUUUGCGUGAUGUGUUUGAGAACUACUACAGAAAGCAGCGGAGGAAACAGGCUCGCCUCGUGCUGCAGCCGCACUCUAACAUGCACGAAACUCUGGAGGGAUACAGGCGGUACUUCAAUCAGAUAGUCGGAUUCUUUGUUGUGGAGGAUCACAUCCUUCACACCACGCAGGGUUUGGUCAACCGAGCGUACGUAGAGGAGCUUUGGGAGUUGGCCCUGUCCAAAAUCAUCGCCGCUCUGAGGACACACUCUUCGUACUGUGACGACCCCGACCUGGUGCUGGAUCUGAAGAACCUCAUUGUCCUUUUUGCUGAUACGCUGCAGGGUUACGGUUUCCCGGUGUCACAGCUGUUCGACAUGCUGCUGGAGAUGAGAGACCAGUACGGAGAAAUCCUGCUGAAGAAGUGGAACCUCACCUUCAGGCAGGUGUUGGACCAGGACAACUACAGUCCGAUCCCAGUCUCAACAGAGCAGGAGUACAAACACUACACUUCCCAAUUCCCCUUGCAAGACCCUGAACUGGACAAGCUUCCUUUCCCCAAGAAGCUUCCCUUCUCCGAGUUUGUGCCAAAAGUCUACUGCCAGCUCAAAGAGUUCAUCUAUGCUUGUCUGAAAUACUCUGAGGAUCUGCAUCUCAGCUCCACAGAAGUAGACGAUAUGAUCCGCAAGUCGACAAAUCUGUUGUUGACCAGAACCCUGAGCCACUGUCUGCAGUACGCCAUUAAGAAGAAGAAUGUCGGCCUGGCAGAGCUGGUGCAGGUGAUCAUUAACACCACCCACCUGGAGCAGAGCUGCCACUUCCUAGAGGAGUUUAUAUCAAACAUCACCAAUGUUCCUCCCGACACGGCCAACGCCACCAAGCUGUACGGCACCUCCACCUUUAAGGACGCUCGUCACGCAGCGGAGGCGGAGAUCUACACCAACCUCAACGCCAAGAUCGACCAGUUCCUGCAGCUGGCCGAUUACGAUUGGAUGGCCGCGGUGCGGACGGGCGGGACUCCGGAUACCAGCGACUACCUGAUCGACCUGAUUGCUUUUCUGAAGAGCACGUUCAGCGUCUUCACCAACCUGCCUGUUAACAUCUGUCCCUCCCCCAGCCCAGCCAUUACUGCAGCUACCCCCCUCGUUGACACCUCUAGUAAGCUCAAAAGCACACAGGAGCUUUUGCAGACCCAACUCAGCAGAGGCCUAGGUAAAUCACUGCCAAAGGAGUAG